AUGGUUAUUCACUCAUCCUUUACCAUUGAGCACGGACGAGUCCACAAUAUCAUCAAGCUGGACAAUCAGAUGUACAUGAAGAAGGUAAACUCUGCAAUCCCUUACAUGUCUGAAGCUCUUGACCCUCUUGACGAAGAAGAAUUCAAGAGAGUUUUCUUCAAUGCUCACCCCAAGCCUUGGAAGGACGCCUUCCUGGAGAUCAACGGUACCCUUGACAACCAUUCCGUUGCCAGCAUCACUUCCUACAUGCAACGCAAGGCUCGAUAA